GGAAGUCUAGGCCACAUCAGGCAUCCGCCGAAGCAGCUUUCGGUGCCACGUAACACCAAAGGGAGAAGACGUACGGUUUUUGACGUUUCUAAGUUGUUUGUCUAAAGCCGCGUCCAAGAUGCCUCUCAAGUUAGACGUCAAGAGAAAGCUUUUGGCUAGGUCUGAUCGCGUAAAAUGCGUCGACCUGCACCCAACCGAGCCAUGGAUGCUAGCCAGCCUCUACAACGGUAAUGUUCAUGUUUGGAACUGCGAAAGCCAGCAGCUUGUCAAAACUUUUGAAGUCUGUGACCUACCAGUUAGAGCUGCGAAGUUUGUUCCUCGAAAAAACUGGGCCAUCACUGGCUCUGAUGAUAUGCAAGUACGAGUGUUCAACUACAAUACUUUGGAACGGGUGCACAUGUUCGAGGCUCAUUCCGACUACAUCCGUUCCAUCGUCGUCCACCCAACCCAGCCCUUCAUUCUAACGUCUAGUGACGAUAUGCUAAUUAAGCUUUGGAACUGGGAGAAACAAUGGGCGUGCACUCAGGUGUUCGAAGGUCACACCCAUUACGUCAUGCAAAUUGUCAUCAACCCGAAGGAUAACAACACUUUUGCAAGCGCAUCUUUGGACCGAACAGUCAAAGUGUGGCAGCUCGGCUCCGUGACGCCCAAUUUCACCCUCGAAGGGCACGAAAAAGGCGUGAACUGCGUGGACUACUACCGCGGAGGUGACAAACCGUACCUCAUCUCGGGGGCCGACGACCGCCUUGUCAAGAUCUGGGACUACCAGAAUAAGACAUGUGUGCAAACUCUCGAGGGUCAUGCACAGAAUAUCACCGCUGUGUGCUUUCACCCUGAACUUCCCAUCAUUAUGUCCGGCUCUGAAGAUGGAACAGUGCGCAUUUGGCAUGCCAACACCUACCGGCUUGAGAGCACACUCAACUACGGCUUGGAGCGUGUGUGGACCAUCUGCUCUCUUCAAGGCUCGAACAAUAUGUCACUGGGUUAUGACGAAGGAAGCAUCAUCAUCAAGCUGGGACGGGAAGAGCCUGCCAUGUCCAUGGACAAUUCGGGCAAGAUAAUUUGGGCUAAGCACUCAGAGAUUCAGCAGGCUAACCUGAAAGCCAUGGCAGACACAGAGAUCAAGGAUGGAGAAAGACUACCCUUACAGGUCAAGGACAUGGGCAGCUGUGAGAUUUACCCGCAGACCAUCUCACACAACCCGAAUGGCCGCUUUGUUGUUGUGUGCGGUGAUGGCGAAUACAUAAUCUAUACAGCUAUGGCACUGCGCAACAAAAGUUUUGGAUCUGCCCAAGAGUUUGUCUGGGCACUAGACUCUUCUGAAUAUGCUGUGAGAGAGAAUGGAUCCACUGUAAAAAUUUUCAAGAACUUCAAGGAACGCAAAGCCUUCAAGCCAGAGUUUGGUGCAGAGGGCAUUUUCGGUGGCUUUAUGUUGGGUGUCAAAUCAGUAAGUGGACUUGCAUUCUAUGACUGGGAGUCAUUAGAACUUGUUCGUCGCAUUGACAUUCAACCAAAGCAUGUGUACUGGUCUGAGAACGGUGAGCUUGUAAGUAUUGCCACUGAAGAUUCCUUCUAUGUUUUAAAGUAUGACCAGGACGCUGUUACCAAGGCCCAUGAAGCAAAAGAAGGAGUAACAGAAGAUGGUAUUGAAGAAGCCUUUGAUGUUCUUGGUGAAGUACAAGAAUCUGUGAAGACAGGUCUGUGGGUAGGCGACUGCUUCAUCUACACAAACAGUGUGAACCGGCUCAACUAUUAUGUAGGUGGUGAGAUAGUUACUAUAGCCCACCUGGACCGCACAAUGUAUGUGCUUGGUUAUAUAGCAAAAGAAAGUCGCCUUUUCUUAGGUGACAAGGAGCUCAAUGUGGUUUCCUACUCUUUGCUGUUGUCUGUCCUGGAGUACCAAACAGCAGUCAUGCGUAGAGAUUUCGAAACUGCUGACAAGGUCCUUCCCACAAUUCCAAAGGAACAAAGGACUCGGGUAGCUCAUUUUUUGGAGAAACAAGGCUUCAAGGCACAGGCACUGGCUGUUUCCACUGACCCUGAGCACAGGUUUGAGUUGUGCUUGCAGCUAGGCGAUACUAAGACUGCUCACCAGCUAGCAGUAGAAGCUCAAAGUGAGCAAAAAUGGAAACAGCUUGCUGAACUGGCCCUUGCACAUGGUGACUUUGCUCUUGCCCAAGAAUGUUUGCACAAUGCCAUGGAUUUUGCUGGCCUGCUUCUCUUGGCUACAUCUGCAAGCAACGCAGACAUGAUUUCAAAGCUAGCGACCAGUGCCGAGGCUGUUGGCAAGAACAAUGUUGCAUUCCUUGCAAAGUUCUUAUUGGGCGAUGCAGAAAAAGCAUUUGAGGUUCUCUUGGCCACAAAACGGUAUCCAGAAGCUGCCUUUUUUGCAAAAUGCUAUGUUCCUAGCCAAACAUCACGUGCUGUGAAACUGUGGAAAGAAGAGCUUGCUAAAGUCAGUGAGAAAUCUGCUCAGGCUCUGGCAGAUCCUGAGGACUACGAAAACCUUUUCCCAGGGCUUCAGGAUUCCAUAAAGGCUGAAGAGUUUUUGAAGCAGCAGCAUCUUUCUGGCAGAAAGCCUGCUACUGAAUUUCCAAAUAUAGUGCCCCAUCAAGACCGGAAUCCCAUAGAAGAGAUGAAAGCAGCUCAAGUGGCUGGUACAUUUGUGUACACUGUGCCUGCUGCUGGAGAAGCUAGUCCAGUGCAACCUGUCAUGUGCCCUGGAAAGCCGCCACUGGGAAGUGCUGCUGCCAAUGUAGAUGUGGACGAGCAGGGCGGCCACAAUGAAGAAUAUGUGGACUUAUACCAACUGGAAAAAGAGCUGGAGCGUGAUAUUGAGAACUUGGCACUUGAUGAAAAUGUGGAUUAUAAACUGCAGGAAGACCUCCUCAGCGAUGACUGAGCACCGCCAUACACACUUCUCUGCUACUGUCCUGUGUUUGUAUUAACCUUUUGGCAUGGUCAUGUAAAUUUACUCUUCAAGUGUUAUUUCAAUAAAUGUACUGAUAAUGGA